AUGGGGCUCAUUGAGAAAAUCAAGGAAAUCGAAGACGAAAUGGCCAGAACCCAAAAGAAUAAGGCAACUGAGUAUCAUAUGGGUUAAUUGAAGGCUAAAUUGGCCAAAUAUCGAACUCAAUUAUUGGAGCCACCCAAAUCUGGCCCAAAAGGCGAAGGAUUUGAAGUUCAAAAGUUUGGUAAUGCGAGAGUCUGUAUGAUUGGAUUCCCAUCUGUCGGAAAGUCCACCAUUCUUUCGACUCUAACUAAAACUUAAUCACUUGUGGCUGCAUACGAGUUCACUACAUUAACAUGCAUUCCUGGAGUAAUUGACUAUAAAGAUGCCAAAAUCCAAUUGCUCGAUCUUCCAGGAAUUAUCGAGGGAGCUUCUGAAGGCAGAGGAAGAGGAAGACAAGUCAUUGCAGUAGCCAAGGCUUGUGAUCUUGUCUUAAUGGUUUUGGAGGCAGACAAGGCUGAGGAUCAAAGAAGGAAACUCACUUUGGAAUUGGAUAAAAUGGGUAUUAGACUGAAUAGGAAGAAACCAGAUGUGACCAUUACACCAAAUAAAUCAGGAAUGGUUCGUAUUACAUCGACUAUCAAAUUGACCAAGGUAGAUGAAAAAUUAAUUAAGAACAUUAUGUAAGAAUACAAAAUUCAUAAUGUUGAUAUACUGAUCAGAGAGGAUAUCACAGUCGAUGAUUUGAUUGAUAUUAUUGAAGGAAAUAGAAAAUAUGUCAAGUGUCUCUAUGUUUUCAAUAAGAUUGAUAAGAUAUCUAUUGAAGAAGUGGAUGAAAUUGCCAGAAGGAAAGAUCAUUGUGUGAUAUCAUGCAAUUUGAAGCUCAAUUUGGAUUUCUUAUUAGAGUGCAUGUGGGACAAACUCGAUUUGGUCAGAGUAUAUACAAAAAAGAGAGGAAACUAACCAGAUUUUUCAGAUCCUAUAGUUCUUAGUAAUGAUCGUAAUGGUUUGAUGGUUAGAAGUGUUUGUGCACAGAUUCAUAGAGAGUUGGUUGAUGAAUUCAAGUUUGCUAUUGUUUGGGGUAGAAGUUGCAAGUUUAAUCCAUAAAAGGUGGGCUUAAACCAUGUUUUAGCAGAUGAGGAUGUUCUGUAAAUUUAUAAAUCCAAAACUAAGGCCCAAUUGGCCAAAUAAAACAAAUAAUUAAAGGGAACAAAACACGAUAGGAAAAAGGAAGAGAAGGGAGAUAAAAGCUCAAAAAAAUGAAUGCUGUAAUUGGUUCUAAAUAUAUAUAAUUAAAUCAACAUAAAUUUA